CUUUUAUGGGGUCUUUGUUUUAUCAGUCGGCGAAACACCCCAAGACAAGAACCCAUAGAAACACCCAAGAAGAGUGUGUGAUCUCUCUCUUUCCUUCCUCUGUAGGUUGACUCUCUCUCUCUCUCUCUCUCUCGCCAGUAUUCGAUUGAAGGAAAAAAAAUUGUUUUCCUUUUUUAGAUUUGUGGGUGUUGGCAGUAAUGGAUGGUGAUAAGGGAGAGAAUGGAUGUGUGGAUGAGAAAAUAGACGGUGAUAAGGGAGAGCGUGGACGUGUUGAUGAGAAAUCAAUGUCCCAAAGUAAGGCUGGAGCUGUUGAUAAGUUUUUGGAUGAUAAUCAGGGAGGAGGAGGAGGAGGAGGAGAUUGUGUAGCUGAUACCAAAAACACGAUGUCUGAAGCUGAAUCUGAAGCUCUGAAGAAGUGCCUGGAAGAAAACAAAGGAGACCAUGGCAAAUGUAAAUCUAAGGUGCAAGCAUUUCUGUCCUCUUCGUCUUCUAGUCCGAGAAAACCAUUAAGUCCUAUAAAGCUCAAGAGAGGCUCUUUGGUUGAUGCCUGAACUCUGAAGGAACUGUAGAUCCAAUUUUCAUGGUUAUUUGCUUGAUUUGUCCAAAGUUGUAGAUAUAAUAGUUGAUCAUAUAAUUGCAAAAGUUGAUGUUGUUAAUGCUUAGUCAUUGCUGAAGGAAUGUGCUUUUUGAUCCUUGAUGAAAUUGAAGAUUGUAACCUUCAUCAGUUACUGAAUGAUAUCUUACAGAUUAAUGAUUGCUUUCA